AUGGUUCGCCUGUCGGCUUCGGCCCUCGCCUGCCUUGCCGCGGCUACUGUCUCCUUUUCAAGAUCUGCAGUCGUACACGCCCAAGAAGUUGCCCAGGAUGUCGUUGCUGGAGCCUUCCUCCUCGAGUGCGACAGCCAGAGCCUCAAGCCUCUCAUCAAGACAGUUCAGGAGCAGGGUGGAGAGAUUCGUCGCGAGUUCAACUCCGAGGUCUUCUACGGCUUCUCCGCGCAGCUGUCCAACGCAAGCGUGGCCGGGGAUGAGCUACAACAUAUGCCAGGCGUCAAGAAGGUGUGGCAAGUACAGGUGUCGAAGCAUCAGGAAUCGCCACCCGCAGAGUCGCAGGCCACGCCCGAGUCAGCUCACCAGCGACGUCAAGUCAAGUCGCCAUGGAACCACGUCAUGACACAGAUAGACAAACUACACGCGGCCGGGUUUACAGGGAGCGGCAUCCGGAUUGCCGUUGUGGACAGUGGCGUUGAUUAUACCCACCCGGCUCUGGGAGGCUGCUUCGGCGAAGGCUGCCGAGUGGCUCUCGGUGGCAACUUCGCCAAAGACGGCAAGGAUAACGACCCGAUGGACUGCAAUGGCCACGGUACCGCAGUAGCGGGCAUCGUUGCCGGUAACGAUGCGAAUUACGUCGGCGUGGCCCCCAACGCCACGCUGGCGGGCUAUCGGGUUCUUGACUGCUCCGCCAUGUUGGAAGAAGAUGACCUCAUAGCCGGCUGGGUCAAGGCAUAUCAGGACGGCGCGCAAAUCAUCGUGUCGUCUGCUGGCUGGCCGGGCGCGGCCUGGGCCACGCGUCCUGCGGCGGCCGUCGUCUCGCGCAUUGUCGACAGCGGCGUCCCGUGUAUUGUAGGCCUCGGCAACGAAAACAAUUCCGGCCUCUUUAAUACCCUGAAUCCCUCCAGCGGCCGGGGCGUGACGUCUGUCAACGCGUUUGCCCGCGCCCCGGGAGCCAUAGACGGCCAUGUCACCGACGCCCCCGUGGCCCAAUCCUCAACAUUCGGCCCCAACUGGGACCUUGAAAUCAAGCCCACUGUCGGGGCACCGGGCGAUGAUGUCCCGGGAAUCAAGAUGGGCGGCGGGUACGAGGAUAUUACGGGAACGUCCUUUGCCGGCCCUCUUGUCGCCGGCAUCCUGGCCCUCGUCGCCGAGGUUCGAGGCACCUUUGACCCCGUCUUGCUCAACAGCCUCCUCAUGACCACGGCCGUGCCUCAGGGAAACUACUACUCGGUUGCGCAGCAAGGUGGCGGCCUGGCCAGAGCAUGGGAUGCCGCUCACGCCACGACACUCAUUGAGCCCGGCAGUCUCUCCUUCAACGACACUCUACAUCGCGCCGAUUCCCUCAGCCUCCGGAUUACCAACACGGCCAGAGUCAAAGUCACCUACCAUCUCGAUACUCUGGCGGCCAAAACUAUUUACACCCUCGAAAAUGGCGGUGGCAUGGUGCAACACCUUGAUCCUCCUGUUGACGAAUCCGCCGAUGUCAAGCUCAGCAGGCGCCUUCUCGUCCUGGGUCCCGGCGAAUCGGCCUCGGUCGACGUCUCGGCCACAGAUCCCAAGGGUCUUGACCCCGAGCGCCUGCCGGUGUGGUCUGGUUGGAUUUCCAUCCAAAGCUCCUCGAAAUGCUCCAACAGCAGCAGUGUCUUGACGGUUCCGUACCUGGGUGUCUCGGGCUCCAUGAAGGAGCACCAAGUUCUCCGACCAGACGGAGUCGUGCUUUCAACUCUGUUUGACAAUGGGCGGGACCAUGUGCACCCAAAUGGGCAUCAGGUCGACUAUGAAACGAAAGACGACAGCUCCGUGAGCAUCGACUUGCCCGUACGCAUCAAGCCCAUCCUUGGAACUCGUCUUGUGCGCGCCGAGGUCGUGCCACUGUCGCCACGCAAGUGGUUGGCCGCCCGCCUGGCGGACAAGAACCUCAAGCUCGACGCCUUUUCCCUCGAGGCGCUGACUCACGCCUAUCCAACUCGCAAGACUUGGAGCGGGCGGCUAGAAUCGGGCGACUAUAUCCCCGCGGGCAAGUACAAUCUCGUCGUACGCGCCCUCAGGCUCUUUGGCGAUGCCGCCGUUGCAUCCGACUGGGACCUGUCGGAAAAUGUUAGUUUUGAAAUUAUCAAGCCCGCCGGCAGGAAAGCCUGCGAAAGGUAUGAAUCCAGCAAGGGCGCUGUUCCCGCGGAUGCCUUGUUUACCAGUCUCGAGGAGUGCCUCCAGGUUCACGGUGACAAGGUGGUGGACGCGCCUUGGGUUCCUGCGCCGCAGGAUGAGGCUUUGAGGGACAGAUGCGCCAACGGCGAGCUCACGGACGAGCUUUGCGGCACGUACGAGUUGUGCCGGAAGCACAGUGACAUCGAGCUCUUGUCUGACGUCAAGUCCCCAUUCACGUCGCUUGCCAGCUGUAUCGAGAGCCACAAGACGUUUCCGUUUAAGCCUUUUGACUAUUCGAGGUUACAAGAGUGCAUGGCCAACCAGGAUGAUGAAAGUAUCUGUGGCACUGACCUUUGGUGCAACUUGCAAUAUGAGUCGCCGCAGCCGACGGAUGAAUAUGGCAGUAGCGAGGAGUGUCGUUGGGCCCAUGGGAGCUACAGGUAA